AAGGAUCGACCCUGUCUGAGCUUCUCAGUGAACAUACGUGAUGGCUUUACCCCGAGCGUUAGGGGCCACCUUGCUACCACGCUGCGCUGGGUUGUUACAGCAGUCAGGCAGAGCAUCAGCAGGUGUCUUAUCGCCGCUCGCCAAUGGUCUUUCUUCCAGAACAUUCGCUGCUGAUGCAGCUGAGGCAGGAGAUGAUACAAUAACAGUGGAGGUUCGGGAAUACCAGGCCCAUCACAUUGAGGCACCUGGGACUACUGUGACCACAACAAAGGCUGAGUUAGUGCAGUUCUUUGAGAGCAUGUACCGCAUGAGGCGGAUGGAGAUCGCAGCAGACAUGCUGUACAAGUCCAAGCUCAUCAGGGGCUUUUGUCAUCUAUACGAUGGGCAGGAGGCGGUUAUUGUGGGUUUGGAGGCAGCAUCUACCUUCCAGGACUCCAUCAUCACCUCGUACAGAGACCACUGCACGCACCUGGGCCGGGGAGGCACAGUCUAUGAUGUCAUUGCAGAGCUGAUGGGGAGGGUAGAGGGAGCCACGAAGGGCAUGGGCGGCAGCAUGCACAUGUACAACAAGGCGCACAACUUCUACGGAGGGCAGGGCAUCGUGGGCGCGCAGGUUCCGCUCGGAGCCGGCCUCGGCUACGCGCACAAGUACCGCAAGGACGGCAGCGUCGCCUACGCAAUGUACGGAGAUGGUGCAGCAAACCAGGGGCAGAUCUUCGAGGCGUUCAACAUGGCGGGCCUGUGGGAAUUGCCUGUCGUCUUUAUCUGCGAAAACAAUCACUAUGGUAUGGGCACAGCAGAGUGGAGGGGCUCCAAGAGCAGCGCGUUCUACACUCGGGGAGACUACAUCCCAGGCCUCAAAAUCGAUGGCAUGGAUGCACUGGCCGUCAAACAUGGAGUGGCAUACGCGAAGGCACACGCGGUGGAGCACGGGCCGAUCAUCCUUGAGAUGGACACGUACCGCUACCACGGCCACUCCAUGAGCGACCCGGGGUCAACCUACCGGACGCGCGAUGAGAUCACCCAGAUCCGCACGCAGCGCGACCCCGUGGAGCACGUGAAGAAGCUGCUGCUCGACCGCGGCCUCGUCGACGCCGCCGACAUUAAAAAGACCGAGAAGGCCAUCAAGAAGGAGGUGGACGAAGCAGUGGAGCGCGCAAAGCAGGGGACCAUUCCCCCACCAGAAAUGCUCUGGAAGAACAUCUACGCAGACCCCCUGGGCUCUGUCAUGCGUGGAAUGGACUCUCAGACCAAGAUCAACCUGUCCUGAAGCCUUGACGAGCACAGCUCUGCGUUCAGGCACAGCUUGCACUGCAAUUCGUGCUGUCAAGGCAUCUGAGAAUUGUGGCAUUUGUUCAGAUUCUAUUGGUUUAUUUUUUCGCAUUGCUGGUGGGCUUGAACAUUGUCAGCAGUUUUGCUGUGGUUCUAGCCAAGGAGGAACACUAUUCUUGAAAAGCGCAAUAGUAUGGUAAAUGUAAGUCCAGGGUUGGAUAC